CAAACUUUUUCAUUUUGUCUCUCUGCUUUCAGGUUUUGCUAUGCCGCAGUGUUUGUACUGACUCUGCUGUCUUGUAGGAGUGAUGGGGAACUAGAGCCCAUGACAGUUCAGUGGAGCCCUUGGCACUUUUGAUAUCUCGACAUCUUCAGUUCUGUAAGAGCAGCCCAUUCCCAGGAUAAAGACAGCAGCAGGUGGUAGAAUGCGGAAGCCAGGCCCUCAGAAAGCCAUAGACUGGAAAGAUGGUAAAAAGCACAAGCACAGCCGCCCGUCAGAGUCUCCCUCCCAGUACCAAGGUCACUUCACCUGGGAGAAGUACCUGAAAGAGACAUGUGCCAUCCCAGCUCCUGCCCAUUGUUUCAAGCAGUCCUACACUCCACCUGCAAACGAGUUCAAGAUCAGCAUGAAGCUGGAGGCGCAGGACCCCCGGAACACCACGUCCACCUGCAUCGCCAGCGUGGUGGGGCUGACGGGCGCCCGCCUGCGCCUGCGCCUCGACGGCAGCGACAACAAGAACGACUUCUGGAGGCUGGUGGACUCUGCUGAGAUCCAGCCCAUUGGCAACUGUGAGAAGAAUGGAGGCAUGCUGCAGCCUCCUCUGGGCUUCCGGCUGAACGCCUCCUCCUGGCCCAUGUUCCUGCUGAAGACUCUGAAUGGAGCAGAGAUGGCUCCUGUCCGGAUUUUUCACAAGGAACCACCAUCUCCUUCCCAAAACUUCUUCAAGACAGGUAUGAAGCUGGAGGCAGUGGACAGGAAGAACCCUCACUUCAUCUGCCCGGCCACCAUUGGGGAGGUGAGAGGUUCUGAGGUCCUCAUAACAUUUGAUGGCUGGAGAGGUGCCUUCGAUUACUGGUGCCGAUAUGAUUCCCGGGACAUCUUUCCUGUAGGCUGGUGUUCGCUGACUGGAGAUAAUCUGCAGCCCCCUGGUACAAAAGUUGUGAUUCCAAAGAGCCCUUUACCUGCCUCCGAAGUAAACUCGGAGAAACCUAGCAUGCACAGUAGCACAAAGGCUGGUUUGGGGCAGCAACAAGGGCAAAGGCGUCGCAAAACAGGGAAGAAGCGUGGUCGAACGACCAAAGCACUAAUCCACCACCCCAUGCCUACACCCUCCAAGUCAGUGGAGCCUUUGAAAUUCCCCAGAAAGAGAGGCCCCAAGCCUGGCAGUAAGAGGAAACCUAGGACAUUGCUGAACCCAGCACCCACCUCUCCAACAACCAGUACCCCAGAGCCAGACACAAGCACUGUGCCCCAGGACGCUGCUACAAUCCCCAGCUCUGCCAUGCAGGCUCCCACAGUUUGCAUUUACUUGAACAAGAACGGCAGCACUGGGCCCCACCUAGACAAGAAGAAGGUUCAGCAGCUGCCAGACCAUUUUGGACCAGCUCGAGCUUCUGUUGUCCUGCAGCAAGCAGUACAGGCCUGCAUUGAUUGUGCUUAUCAUCAGAAAACAGUCUUCUCCUUCUUAAAACAAGGCCACGGGGGAGAGGUCAUCUCAGCUGUGUUUGAUCGGGAACAGCACACUCUGAACCUGCCAGCAGUAAACAGUAUCACCUACGUCCUCCGCUUCCUGGAGAAGCUGUGCCACAAUCUGCGCAGUGACAACCUCUUUGGGAGCCAGCCUUUCACUCAGAGCAGCCCCAUGCAGCGCUCACACCAGUACGACCACGACAGGUAUCUACCAGACAGAAGCAGCUCGUUAGAAGGCUCUCUGCAGGGACCAGGCCGGGGCACAAAGCGCUUUUCCCAAGAUUCCCCUCCAUACACUGCUCCUCUCUCCCCCAAGUUACCAAAGAAUGACCGUCACCCUUUGGAAGGUGAAACCUUUGUCCUGGGAGAUGGGCUCCCAGGGCCCUUAGAGCCUCGCCUGGACCCCAUGGACUCUGCCUUGAACUCUGUCAGUUCAUCCAGCCACAGCAGGAGCUCCAGAGACUAUCGCCUGCCAGGAUACAGGCACCUGCAGCAGCCCUCCAGCCUGAGCCAGGGCAGCACCUCUGCCCUGCGCAGGCUUAGCUCUGGGGGCUCGGACAGGUACCUGAGCUCCCGGGACAGCCCCCGGCUCAGCAGCCGUGACCCCUCGUCCUGGACAGUGGAGGAGGUGAUGCAGUUCAUCCGGGAGUCAGACCCACAGCUGGGCCCCCAUGCUGACCUCUUCAGGAAACAUGAGAUCGACGGGAAAGCCCUGCUCUUGCUGCGGAGUGACAUGAUGAUGAAGUACAUGGGGCUGAAGCUGGGGCCAGCCCUGAAGCUCACUUACCACAUCGACAAGCUAAAGCAAGGCAAGUUCUGAGAGGACUCGUGGCAGAAUGGAUCCUGGAGGCUCGGCUCCGGCCGCCCCAGCCGCGCUCACCUGCCGACAGGUUCGCAUGCACACGCCCCUCCCGCCGCAGACGGACACUCCCG